GGAAGAUCCCGUACAAAUGCCAAAGGAAGAGUUCCCAGUUCUGUCUCCCGGGAUGAGUUGCAAGGAGGAAGGGAGGGAGGGCAAUGAAAAGAGUGGCGAGCGGAUGAGCGCAGGCGGAUCCCUCUUUGGAAAGCCCUGCCUUUUGUCUCCAAGGAAAGCUCUGAGCCUCGUGAGGUCAUUUCCUGCCGUGCCUCCCCAUCCCCGUGGGAAAGUGGCUUUUGUCUUUCCCACAAUAGCAUCUGUCUCAUCCCAGGCGCGCUUGGCCCUGAAAAGACACGGAGGCUUCAGUCUAGACCUUCUCAUCGUGGUGGAAUGGAAACCAGCUCUGUGCAGCUAGAUCAGGUUCUGGUGACCUUUGAGGAUGUGGCUGUGUAUUUCUCAGAGGAGGAGUGGGCUUUGCUGGAUCCAGGCCAGCAGGCUUUGCACCAGGAAGUAAUGGAGGAGAACUGCAGGAACCUGGCCUCUCUGGGUAAUAUGGAAUGGAAGAAAAGGGGUGAAGAGCGGAAAAAGGAAACUGAAGCAAAUGAGUACAUACAAAAAUCCAUUUCUUCUUAUGGCGCUGCCCUCCAUGAGAUUCCAGAGCAAGAAGGACAUUGUGGGAAUAAGGCCCAUCGAUCAAUGGUUAGACUGCAUGCACAAAUUCACAAAUGCACUGAUUUUGGAGAAAACUUCAGUGAGAUCCCAACUUUUAAUUCCCAACAAAGAAUAGACAUGGAGGAGAAACCGUAUUAUUGUUCAGAGUGUGGAAAGAACUUCAAUAUGAUUUCAAAUCUAAUUUCCCAUCAAAGAAUCCACACAGGGGAGAAACCAUAUCGAUGCUUAGAGUGUGAAAAGAGCUUCAGUCACAGCACAGGUCUUGCUUAUCAUCAAAGAAUCCACACAGGUGAGAAACCAUAUAAAUGCUUGGAGUGUGGACAGACUUUCAGUGUGAGCUCCAGCCUUACUUCCCAUCAAAGAAUCCACACAGGAGAGAAGCCUUAUAAAUGUUCAGCAUGUGGACAGAACUUCAGUCACAGCUCAAGCCUUGCUUACCAUCAAAGAAUUCACACAGGGGAGAAACCAUAUGAAUGUUCGGAAUGUGGGAAAAGUUUCAGUCACAACUCAGGCCUUUCUUACCAUCAAAGAAUCCACACAGGUGAGAAACCAUACAAAUGCCUGGACUGCGGACAGGGCUUCAGUGUGAGCUCGAGCCUCAUUUCUCAUAGAAGGAUCCACACAGGAGAGAAACCUUAUAAAUGCUCAGUAUGUGAACAGAGCUUCAGUCACAGUUCAAGCCUUGCUUACCAUGAAAGAAUCCAUACAGGGGCAAAACCUUAUAAAUGCUCAGAGUGUGGGAAGAGUUUUAGUCAUAGCUCAGGCCUUGUUUAUCAUCAAAGAAUUCACAAUGGGGAGAGGCCAUAUAAAUGCUUGGAGUGUGGAAAGGGCUUCAGCGUGAGCUCAAGUCUUACUGCCCAUCAGCGAAUCCACACAGGAGAAAGACCAUAUGAAUGCUCAGAUUGUGGAAAGAGUUUUAGCAGUAGGACAGGAUCUAUUAGACAUCAAAGAAUCCACACAGGAGAGAAACCAUAUAAAUGCAUGGAAUGCGGAAGAAGCUUCAGUGUCAGUGUAAACCUUGCUUCCCAUCAAAGAAUUCACACAGGAGAGAAACCAUAUAAAUGCCCAGAAUGUGGAAAACGUUUUCCUGACCACUCACGUCUUGGUGUGCAUCAAAGAAUCCACACCGGGGAGAAACCAUACAAAUGCUUGGAGUGUGGAAGGAGCUUCAGUGUGAGCUCACACCUUAUUUCUCAUCAAAGAAUCCACACAGGAGAGAAACCAUAUAAAUGCUUAGAGUGUGGAAAGAGUUUCACCCAGAGCACAAACCUUACAAGACAUCAAAGAAUCCAUACUGGUUAGAAGCCAUUUAAUUGUUUUAUCAGUGGUCACACAAAUUCUUAUUUUGAUACCUAAUGUUAGCCAGUUGUAACAAAAUGUUCCAUAUGGUACAUUUAAGUAUUGUAAGUGCUUUGCAGGACAUGUGGACUAAAACAUUUUAAAUCUUUGUAUACAUUCCUUAUAAGAAUUCCCCUGUGAUCUAUGCGUUAUUUAUUUACCUCAUUAAGAUGUGAGCUGAUCAUGA